AUGCUGCUACGAGAGACUGUGAGCGUUGUGCAUCUAUUAUUCCUCUUUCUUAACCUCAGUUCGGAUGGCGAACAUGCGCUUGGUAAUUUUCCAUUCGUUCUCAAUUACAUUAUCUUUAAGUUCCGUAUGGCCAACCAAUUCACGGAUUUGAUUAACGAAUCACCUAAAGCCAGUUUGGAAGUAGGUAAUUAA